UUUAUCUAUCGCUCAUUUAUGACGUUCAUUGUCGUAUUUCCUGGCUUUAUAUUUUCAGAAUUUAGAACCACUUGAGAAUUAGAAGAAAUUUGGUUUUGUUUUGUUGGUAGUGUUUUAUCACCUGUUUUGACAAAACAAAGUUUUAGUCUGCGUUUGCUUUGGUGUUGGAGUUGGAGCUGUUGGUUGCUACUUGAAAGGUUAUCUUUUACUGAUAAUAACUUAUUGUCAAAUUUUGUGUAGUAAUAAAAUUAUUCAGUAAUUAGUCCUAAAGUUGCAAUACUAUAAUUAUAUAAGAAUGGAUCGUUGGAUUGGCAGAGUAGCUGUUGUAACUGGGGCCAGCUCUGGGAUUGGCGCUGGUAUAGUAAAAGAAUUAGCGAAAACUGGAGUUACUGUUGUUGGGGUUGCAAGGAGAAAAGAAAAAGUUCAGGAGAUUGCUGACCAAUUAAAGGGAGAAAAGGGCAAAAUAUACGCUGUGAAGGCAGAUAUAACCAAAGAGGAAGAAGUAAUUGAAGCAUUCAAAUGGAUUAAACAAAACCUUGGCGGAGUAGACAUCCUUAUCAACAAUGCAGGCAUCACCAUUAAAACAAUGAUUACAGAUGGUGAGAUGGAGAAUUGGAAUAAGAUGUUCCAAUUGAACGUAUUGUCUUUAUGCUCGUGCACUAGGGAAACUCUAAACUCGCUCAAAUCCAGAGGUCUUGAUGAUGGUCAUAUAAUAAAUAUAAACAGCAUUUCAGGUUUACGGCUGACUCCGAGGAUGGGCAACAUGGUCUAUUCUGCAACGAAAUUCGCUGCCAAAGCGAUAACUGAAGGCCUUCGCUUAGAGCUGGCGGCAGCCAACUCCAAAAUUAGAGUUACAAAUCUAUGUCCUGGACUGGUCCAGACGGAAAUAUUCACUAGCGGCGGAUGGGGUGAAAUGUUCGAAGAUCAAGUAGGAAAAGCAGUUUUGCAGCCCAAGGAUAUAGCUGAUGCGGUUGUAUUCGCGCUCUCUGUUCCACCUGGUGUUCAGAUAGCGGACGUGACUGUUAGACCUACUGGAGAAGGCGUCUGAAUCAAUGUAAUUGCCUCAUCAAUCGAUGAUGGAUGUAAGGAUAACAUUUCAAUUUCAUAUUUUAUCUCUUUCUUCUGUAUGAAUUUACUAUUUGUUACUGAUGAUAUAUAAUGUCAAAUAUGUUGUACUUGUUUCAUAUUUGUUUUGAAAUUUCCAAAAUAGAAUAUAUUUUUCGCAA